GCCGGAAGUGGCCUCUCACUUCCGUUUCGGGUCACCCGGAAGUUAUUCCUCCCUGCCCCGGAAACGACGCUACCCUCCCGCCUCCCGAGACGUAAAGUGGAGCGACUGAGGCCGAAAGCGAGAUGCCAGUAGCCGUGGGUCCCUACGGACAGUCCCAGCCCACCUGCUUCGACCGAGUGAAGAUGGGCUUCGUGAUGGGCUGCGCCGUGGGCAUGGCGGCCGGGGCGCUGUUCGGCACCUUUUCAUGCCUCAGGAUCGGGAUGCGGGGCCGGGAGCUGAUGGGCGGAAUUGGCAAAACCAUGAUGCAGAGCGGGGGUACCUUCGGAACGUUUAUGGCCAUCGGAAUGGGCAUCCGCUGCUGACCGUGGCGUCUCCACCUCUUCCCAAGACCCCCGCGCACCUCCUUGUUUAAUAUAAUAAAAGGCUUUGAGUA